UUGAGUUUAGGAAUAUGUUUGUUGUUUUAAUCGAAUUUUUAAAAUUAUAUUGUGAUCAUUGAGAUGAGGUUUAAGCUCUUAGAACAGUUUACUGACUCAGUCAUUUUAGCAAGAGAGUGUUUGUUUUGUGAUACGUGGUGCAGUUAUUAGCCUGAGAGGCAGUGUUUUCAAGGCAUUAAAGGUAGUUGACUAUCAUCUUGCUGAAGAAGUUGUUGCAGGAAAAAUGUCAAACUCUGAUGUAGCAGAAAGUGAUGGCAGGAGUUCUGAAGAGAGCAAGGAAGAGCAAUGCACAAGCAAUGUGGAUGAACACUGCUCUAAUACCGCAUCUCAAGUAAAGAAGACAAAAAAAUCACAGAUGACAGAUCUCAGGAAGUAUAGCACUGAACAAAUUAAGGUCAUGAAACCUUCCAAGAAUAUUGAUAAUUCCUUUAAGAACAUGAAAAUAAGUGAUGCAAGUUUUCUCAAUGACUUAGAUGGUCGCAGUGCUUGCUCGGUGUGUGGAAAGUCUAGGAAAUAUUUUUGUUACACGUGUCACAUUCCACUGGCCAAUAUAGCAGACAAGAUUCCCAAACUCAGGCUGCCAUGCAAAGUGGAUGUGAUUAAGCACCCAAGGGAGAUUGACGGGAAGAGCACAGCGGUUCAUGCAGCGGUCAUUGCUCCAGAGGAUGUGCAAAUCUACACUUACCCAGACAUCCCAGACUACUCUGAAGAAGGGAAUGUUCUCCUCAUAUUCCCUGAUAAAGAAGCUAUCCACCUAGAGGACCUAUGGACACGCCUCGAGAAGCAGACCCACAGACAGUCGCAAGAACCCAAUGUCAAGCGAACCAAACCUCAGCUCCCUUUUACCAGAGCCUUGUUCAUUGACUGCACUUGGAAUCAAACAAGGAAGAUCUACAAUGAUGAGAGAGUGCAAGGAUUACAGUGUGUUGAACUCACAUCAAGGGACACACUAUUCUGGAGAUACCAAAGAGGAAAGCCUAAAACAUACUUGGCAACGAUUGAAGCUAUCUAUUACUUCAUUAUUGAUGUUCACACAAAUGUACUUAAGCAAGAGUAUCACCAUGAGUAUGAUGAUUUGCUGUUUUUCUUCAAAUACAUGUUUGAAAAAAUUCAUUCAAUAUAUGAUAAAGAUACUUUGAGAGCAUAUAAGGAUGUGUAAACUAGGUGUUUUAAGUUUGUAUGAUGUGUAUAUUUGUUGGUGUGUGUGUGUGUGUGUGUGUUACAAUAUGUAUCUUCUUGCUUACAAGUUUAGAUGAAGGUAUAAAUACAUGUAUAGUUAUUUAAGACUGAUAUUGAAUAUCAAUGGUAUAUAUUCAUGUUACUAUUUUGUAGAAAACAAUAACAGACAGUAGACAUGUAUAAAUUGCCUGUUCAAAAUAAUAAAGAAUAAAAGAAAGG